GCUCUGAAGAACAGCUUUGCAGUCCGCAGUUCGAGCUCCAGGGCUGGCGCCCGGCCUCUCUCCGGUGGACCUGCGGAGCUGUAAGUUGAGGGGAUCUCAUGCUGCAGUGGCGAUAUCAGCCAUGUUUCCAGAAUCUUCUGUUCAUUGUCAACCGUCGGAAAUAAUGAAAGGAUCGCUGAAGUUGGUGUCCUUUGAUGAGGUGGCUGUGGAUUUCAGCUGGGAGGAGUGGCAGGACUUGGAUUUUUCUCAGAGGACCCUGUACAGAGAUGUAAUGCUGGAGACCUACAGCAACCUGGUGUCCUUAGGUCACUGUGUUCCUAAACCUAAGUUGAUUGUCAAGCUGGAGCAAGGUGCAGAACCAUGGAUAGGAGAAGCCUCAGACAAGAAUUUCACAGAUGUCCAAGAAAUGGAGGAGGUGAUUAAGACCUGCCAGGAAGGUCCAGAUGAAUGUCUGUGUGAAGUAGCAGUCACAAUUAGUAACCCAGUGGAAGAAAGAGUGAGAUUGAUAACAACUUUUAACUUGGGCUCAACUCAUAAGCUUGAGCUGAUGAGGAAUAAUGGGAACUCUUUAGGGAUGAGCACUGAGGAGUUCAUUGAGUGUCAGGACAUGCUUCUCUAUAGUGAGCCUGAUGAGAUGCAUGCUGCGUAUACACCUGGUGUGUCUCCUGUAGUUGAACAAUCCUUCAGAUAUUCUGAGUAUUUUAGUCAAAAUUAUGCGAAUCCAAAUGAGCUGCAGUAUUUUGAAUUUGGUGGAGAAGGGAAGGUAUUAAACUCAGAGACUAUAUUCUUUAGACAUAAUUGGGUCUGUAUGGGAGAGACCUCCUAUAACCAUAGUGAAUAUAGAGAAGACUAUGAUAAGUCUGCUCUCCUUGCCGAAGAGAUACUUCAAGGAGGGAGGAAAACACCUGAAUGUACUUUAUGUGGAAAAACAUUCUACGUAAGACCUGUAGUCACUACACAUGAGAAAAUGUACAAAGGAGAGAAUCCUUGUACAUGUAAUGAAUGUGAGAAGUCUUUCAAUAAGGAAAUGCACAUUAGAAAACCUGAGAGCAAAUAUCCACAGAAGUCCGAUGAGUAUAAGCAGUGUACAAAAUCUCUCUCUCAGAAGUCAGACUUGACUUUCCAACCUCAAUCACCCAUAGAUGAGAAACCCUUUGAAUAUGAGGAAUGCAGGAAAUUUUCCACCCAGAAGUCAGGUCUCAGCAGGCAUCAGAGAACUCCCAAAGAUGAGAAAUGUCAUGAAUGCAACAAAUGUGGAAAGUCUUUCAUACAGAAGUCAUACCUCACUUUGCUUCAGAGAACACACACAGGAGGGAAACCUUAUGAAUGUAACACAUGUGGAAAAUCUUUUGCCCGGAAGACACAUCUUACUGUCCAUCAGAGAACACACACAGGAGAGAAACCUUAUGAAUGUCAGACAUGUGAAAAGUCCUUCACCCGGAAGGCAAACCUCCAGAGACACACGAGAAUUCACACAGGUGAGAAACCUUUUGAAUGUAACAAAUGUGGAAAAACUUUCAGACGGAAGUCAGACCUCACUUUGCAUGAGAGAAAUCACACUGGAGAGAAACCUUAUGAAUGCAACAAAUGUGGUAAGGCUUUCAGAGGGAAGUCACACCUCACUUUGCACCAAAGAACACAUACAGGAGAGAAACCUUAUGAAUGCAACAAAUGUGGAAAGACCUUCAAGUGGAGUUCACACCUUGGCAUGCAUAACAGAAUUCACACCGGUGAGAAACCUUAUGAAUGUAACAAAUGUGGAAAAACCUUCACCCAGAGUUCACACCUCAGCAAGCAUAAGAUAAUUCACACAGGUGGGGAACCUUAUGAAUGUAACAAAUAUAGAUCUUUCAGGCAGAAGUCUUCCUUCACUUUGCAGCAGAGAACACACACAGGAGAGAAACUUUAUGAAUGUAACAAAUGUGGAAAGUCUUUCAGGCACAAAUCAACCCUCACUUCACAUCAGAGAACACACACAGGAGAGAAACCUUAUGAAUGCAACAAAUGUGGAAAGACCUUCAAGUGGAGUUCACACCUCAGUAGGCAUAAGAGAAUUCACACAGGUGAGAAACCUUAUGAAUGUAACAAAUGUGGAAAGUCUUUCAUCCAGAGUUCACAUCUCAACAAGCAUAAGAGAAUUCACACUCGUGAAAAAUUUUAUGAAUAAAAUAAGUGGAAAGUCGUUCACCUGGAAGAAAACUCAGUUUGCAUCAGAGAACCCACACAGGAGAGAAACUUAUGAAUGGAGCAUAUGUGCAAUCUUUCACCCAGAAGGCACAGUUAUGGCUCAUCAUUGAACACACAUAGGAGAGAAAUCUUAUGAAUAAAACAAAUGUGGAAAAAAAUUUCAAGAAGUCACACCUCAAUUUGCACCAGAGAACAUACACAGGAGAGAAACCGUAUGAACGUAACAAACGUGGAAAAUCCUUCACC